AUGGGUAAUUGUAACAUUACUGACAAGAAUGACUUUUAAGAAACAUCAAGUACUUAGAAUCAUAUAUCCUAGUUCUUUCUGUUCAUAGUUUUGAAUUUAUUGAAGUUUUAGGGAAAGGUGGAUUUGGAAAAGUAUGGAAAGUAAAGAAAAGAAAAAAUAAAUGUUAUUUUGCAUUGAAAAUGAUGUCGAAGGCAAAGUAUUUAAAAUUUUUGAAUUUUAGAGUUUUUUUAAAGAAAAGUGUAAGUUCGGUUAUGAAUGAAAGAACUCUUUUAUGUUAACUGAGACAUCCAUCAUUAAUAAAUAUGAUUGCUGCAUUUUAAGAUAGAGAGAAUUUAUACUUAGUUAUGGAUUUAUUAAGUGGAGGAGAUCUUCGUUAUCAUAUUGGAAAGAAUAAAAAAUUUUCAGAAGUAGAAACGAGUAAUAUUAGUUUUUAUUAUUAGAAUUUUUUUGUGCUUGCAUCAUAAUUGCCUUAGAAUAUCUUCAUUAAUAAGGAAUAAUUCAUAGAGAUUUGAAACCUGAAAAUUUGGUAUUUGAUUCAGAAGGUUAUUUACGAUUAACUGAUUUGGGUAUAGCAAGAAUUUGGAGACCAGAUAAUUCUGCCGAUACAAGUGGAACUCCUGGAUAUAUGGCUCCAGAAGUAUUAUGUAGACAAAAUCAUGGAAUCGCAGUAGAUUAUUUUGCAUUAGGAGUGAUUGUAUAUGAAUGUAUGAUGGGAAGAAGACCUUAUAUAGGAAGAAAUAGAUAAGAAAUUAGAGACAAUGUGUUGGCUAGGCAAGUAUAAAUUAAAAAAAAUGAAAUACCUAUUGCAUGGUCCUUAGAAGCAGCUGAUUUUGCAAAUUAAGUAAGGUUUAAAAUUAUUAAUUUUAGUUAAUUUAGAGAAAGCCAGCUUAAAGAUUAGGGUCUGAUAAUCCAGAAGCAGUAAAAAAUCAUGAAUGGUUUAAUGGAUUUGAGUGGAACAAAUUACUAAAUAAACAAUUAUAACCUCCAUAUUUACCACAUAAUAAUAGUAAUUAAGGUGGAUCAACAAAGGAUACAGAGUAGGAUACAAAAGAAAAUGAUAUUAUUCUUAGACGUAAUUCGAUUCAAGGUAUUCAUUAUAGAUCUAAAAAGCUUAAUUUUACGGAUAUAAUCAUGAUACAAAUGAACCUAUUUUUGCUGAACCAUUAAAAUUAUGA